GGACCGCACACCUCCGCACCUUAGAGCAGUCGUCACUGAUGUAGCAUCGUUCAUAUCAUGCUUAAGUUUAAAGUAAUAAUUACUAUUGAUUUAAAAUUAUGAUACCAGCUCGGUUGAUGUAACUCGGUAAAUGUACAUGCCAUUAAAAGCCAUUUUUCAAUUCAUAUAAAAAUGUAGUAACCUAACCUAAAAAUGUGGAUUCAAAUAUUAUUUACAGAUAACGGUCUGGCAACACUAAGAGUUUAACAAUAAACAACAACAGCUGUUUGGACACCUGAUAAGAAAUCCAUUUCUGUUUGAAGACGUAACUUAUUUUUUUUAUUUAUAACAAUUCGCAUGAUUUUUCAAAAGCUUGUGCGUGAAAGGCGGUGUGCAUGAAAAGUAAAAAUAAAUAAACGAAAACAAAAUCGAAAAGUCAGAAACCAGUUACAAAACGGGGCAACUGAGAAGAUUUGAAAACGUUUUUUGAAUUCGUUUCGCUGAACGGAAGCAAUUCAGUUCGGAGAGAGUGGAAGCACGGCGUGGACUGAGCGUAUGCAUAAGUCGUUUGGAAUUCGGCAAUUAAAAACAUUUGCUCAAUGAAGAAAAAAAGAAAGUUUACACGAAAUUGUUUAAAGCCAAUGCUUUUUGGUUUGUUUGCACACAAAAAAAUAUUUCGAUGCAGUUUAGCAGCUGAAGCGCUGCUAAGUAUCACGUCGUCCGUGGCAACUAAAAGACACUGAAGAGCGAAAAAAACGGAAAACUUAAAAGUAAAUAAUUGUUAAUUAUUUAAAUUUUACUUUAAACGAAAAAUGUUAGUAGUGCAGCGUAAAGGAGUGCAAUUUAAAUAUUUUUAACCUCUUCUCACUCAACAUGUUUAUAGUUUGAACCAAAGAUUUUAAUUUCAUUUGGAACUUUACGAUUGUAAAUUAAAAAAAUUCCAUUGUAAAAAGUGAAAAUUACGAAGCAGAUUUGUUUGGCUUUUCAUACUACAUGCCAUCAUCGCCGACACCAGUAUAAACAAAACGAUACAUCUAUCCUAGACAUCUAUCCAACACCGAUACAACAAGGAAUAAAACACUCUAAUAAACAUGACCCCUCAAAUCACAACAACGAGUGCAGUGCAAACGCAAACGGGUAGCGUUACCACGUCGAUACCCACACAAGAGUUACCGAAAUCGCCCACCAAAAGACGCACACAUAGCACACAAGAACAACUGCAACAAAUGUUUUCUGGUGGCUUGGCAGCGGCCAUAACACGCUCAACAACUCAACCAUUGGAUGUCUUGAAGAUACGCUUUCAAUUGCAAGUGGAACCACUGAGCAGCAAAGCUGGUGAUAAAUCAAAGUAUACCUCGCUCACACAGGCUGUGCGUACAAUAUUCCGUGAGGAAGGUCUGUUUGCCUUCUGGAAAGGUCAUAAUCCAGCACAAGUACUAAGUGUUGUGUAUGGCAUAACUCAAUUUUGGAGCUAUGAACAGUUGAGUUUGUUUGCCAAGCAAACUGUAUUCUUUAAAGAUCGACCGAAUUUAUCAAACUUUUUCUGCGGUGCCAUAGCAGGCGGUGCUGCAGUCAUUAUAACGACACCCUUAGAUGUGAUACGUACACGUCUAAUAGCGCAGGAUACCAGCAAAGGAUAUCGCAAUGGCACUCGCGCCGUCACAGCUAUUAUACGCAAUGAAGGGGUCACUGGCAUGUAUCGUGGUUUAUCAUCAGCCUUACUGCAGAUAACCCCACUGAUGGGCACUAAUUUUAUGUUCUACCGCUUGUUCAGUCAAUCGGCAACUAAUUUUUUCAAUGUAGACGAUCGCAGCAAAUUACCAACCUGGACGCUGCUUAUUAUGGGUGCUUCGUCGGGGAUGUUGUCGAAAACUAUAGUCUAUCCGUUUGAUUUAAUAAAAAAACGUUUACAGAUACAGGGUUUUGAAUCGAAUCGUCAGACAUUUGGGCAAAACAUACAAUGCACCGGUGUGUAUAGUUGUUUGAGUCAAACUAUUAAACAGGAAGGGGUACGUGGUCUCUAUAAGGGUGUAGCACCUACGCUACUGAAAUCAAGUUUCACAACUGCACUUUACUUUAGCAUUUACGACAAGCUCAGACAAAUCCGCUGGUCAUUUUAGCCUUAAAUUACACUUAUGAAAUAGUUUCCAGCUUUAAGCAAAUUUUAAAUUAUUUACAUAUUUGUUAGCCUAUAUUUUUUGUUAUAUAUUAUAUAUAUUGUAUAUUUUCUUAUAAAUAUAUAUAUUUUUAUAUUAUAUACAGUGCACAUUAAAUACUUACUUGUAUAUUUCGGAAAAUAUUUAUAAGUAUGGAAGAC